CAUGGAAGGUGAGUUUCCUCAUCCUGGUUUCAGGGGCAUCCCCGAGGGUCAUCACAUCUACAGUACAGGUCAGAGGUACGUCCAGCAUCAGUAUCCAACUACACAAAGGUACAGCACCUACCCAAAAGUCCAGCCCCAGUAUUACAGGCACAGCUUUCCUCCUCAACAACACAUCACAGUCCGAGAGAAGACCUACUCCCCUCCACCCAUCACAUUCCACCGAGAUCAGACAAAUACAGCAUUCCACCCACAGAGCAACAUAUCAACCCAGGUGCCAGCAUCCUUCAACUUCUUCAACCAUCUGCAGAGUAACCCCAUGUUUGGACAACUCCAGGAGAUACUUGCAGAGGAAUGUCUUCAUUUCAACCGUCCCUCCACCCUCAUCCAGACGGUGACCCAGGAUUACAGUGGAUACAGUGUGUCCUGCCAACAGAAGCUCCAGAUCCACAGAUCUCAUCCAUCUACGGAGUUCAACCACAGAGCCAGCUCCAACCUCCUGUCAGAUCCAGCUCAUCCUUUCUACAGUUCCCAGUGUGCUUCAGUGUCCCAGUGCAUGUCUGUGUCAACCUGUGCUUCCUUGGGAUCAAGUGACCAGUCUCUUCCACACACAGUACCAUCAUCAUCAGAGUCAACAUCAUCUCAAGCAUCAUCACGAUCAAUGAAAUCCAGCAGGCGUGCCCUCGUCUUCAACACCACACCCGACUCCAAAGUCAUCAGCACCUCACCUCAAGGUCAGACGUCAUCCGCCAUCUCUCCCAAUACCUCUCAGCUCAACUCCAGCAGCGACAGUUCUUCAUCCGAACAAGAAGUGGAUUCUGGGAUUUAUGUUGACACCAGCUUAUCCUUCCAAGUGGACAGUGGCAUGGACCUCCUCCAGCAGGCCAGUGACUUGUGUGGGAUUACUGAAGAGGAUAUCACUCCUCUUCUUAGUGACACAUCAUCCAUCAGUGAUAACAGCCAAAGAGUCAGCCCUCCUUCUGCUGUGUUGCCUACAGUCCCAGUGCUGCAUGAGUUUGAUACCACACGACACGAGACCGUCUUCAACUCAACCAGCUCUUCCCACUCGAGCCUUAGUGACUACAGCCCCAUCAGAGGAGAUGAGAUCUUCAUGACCACCCCAGAGGAAGUCCUGCCCAGUAAUGCACUGAAGAGAAAGAGAGAAGAAUCCGAGGAGCCAAACAGCAAGAGAACCAGAACAGAUUCCACAGGCCUGGACUCCACCCAAGUGCUGACCUCCUGGUACCAGAGCCACAUCCAGUACCCUUAUCCCACAGAUGAAGAAGUUCAAGAGCUGGUGAAGAUGUCAGGACUAACUCACAAACAAGUGAAGAAGUGGAUGGCCAACAAGAGAGUGCGCUGCUUCAAUACCUUAUCCAUCACUGGAAAUCAGCAUCCAAUCAAGUUCAAGAACAUCAAGAAGAAGGAGACACCAGCUUUCCAGCCCAUGCCCUCCGAGUCACGAGAUAUCCUGAAUCAAUGGUACACCGCCAACCAGAGCCAUCCCUACCCCACCGAGGCACAGAGAGAGGAGCUGGCUGCCAAGACAGGUCUGACCGUCCAGCAGGUCAAACGCUGGCUGUCCAACAAGAGGAGUCGAGCCAACAACACCAGAAGACAGAUCCCCAACUACUUCAUCAAUAAGUUCCCAGAGUACAGCCAACAGGUGGAGCUGGUCAGCAGGAGUCGGGAGUUCCUCAGGAUGUCCAAGAGGAGACAACUGGAUGAUGCCCUGGACUGCCUCAGCAGGAUGUGA